UGUUCUGCCUGAGGUGUGGCCGAAAUGAAGGCAGCGCAGGGGGUCGCUUUGGAGCUGACCAAGACUUGUUUUUAUCUGUUUCUCUCAAAAAUCUAAUAAGCAAGAUGUCUACUAACGAGAAUGCCAAUACAGCAGCAGCUCGGCUGAACAGAUUCAAGAACAAAGGAAAGGAUAGUACAGAAAUGAGAAGGCGGCGUUUUGAAGUCAAUGUAGAGCUGAGGAAGGCUAAGAAAGAUGACCAGAUGCUUAAAAGAAGAAAUGUUAGCACUUUACCAGAUGAUGCUACUUCUCCCCUUCAGGAAAAUAGGAGCAAUCAGGUUUCAGCACACUGGUCGGUUGAAGAAAUAGUCAAAGGAGUUAAUAGUAAUAAUAUGGAGCUUCAGCUGCAGGCUACUCAAGCUGCCAGGAAACUCCUCUCAAGAGAGAAGCAGCCCCCAAUAGACAGCAUCAUUCGAGCUGGUUUGAUUCCCAAGUUUGUCUCCUUCUUGGGUAGAGCAGACUGCAGUCCCAUUCAGUUUGAGUCUGCUUGGGCACUCACCAACAUCGCUUCUGGUACCUCAGAACAGACAAGGGCAGUAGUAGAUGGAGGGGCCAUUCCAGCCUUUAUUUCACUACUGGCCUCUCCCCAUACUCACAUCAGUGAACAGGCUGUGUGGGCACUAGGAAAUAUUGCAGGGGAUGGCUCUGUCUAUAGAGAUCUGGUUAUUAAAUUUGGUGCAAUUGAGCCACUGCUGACUCUGCUAGCUGUUCCUGAUCUUUCUUCUCUGGCUUCGGGAUACUUGCGCAAUGUUACCUGGACCCUCUCAAACCUGUGUCGUAACAAGAAUCCUGCGCCGCCCAUAGAAGCCAUUGAGCAGAUCCUUCCCACUCUUGUUCGGCUCUUGCACCAUGAUGAUCAUGAGGUGUUGGCAGACACAUGUUGGGCACUUUCCUAUUUAACAGACGGUUCCAAUGACAGGAUAGAAGUUGUAGUGAAAACUGGAUUGGUGCCACAGCUUGUGAAACUCCUGGGAUGCAGUGAGCUGCCAAUAAUGACUCCCUCAUUAAGAGCCAUAGGAAAUAUUGUCACUGGUACUGAUGAGCAGACUCAGAUUGUUAUUGACUCAGGAGCACUAUCUGUCUUUCCAAGUCUGCUUUCUCAUCACAAAAACAACAUUCAGAAGGAAGCAGCAUGGACCAUGUCCAACAUCACUGCUGGACGUCAGGAUCAGAUUCAGCAAGUUAUAGAACAUGGUCUUGUGCCUUAUCUCAUUGGUAUUCUGAGGAAGGGGGAUUUCAAAUCUCAAAAAGAAGCUGUGUGGGCUGUGACCAACUACACAAGUGGUGGAACAAUUGACCAGAUUGUGUAUCUUGUUCAGGCUGGUGUUGUUGAACCCCUCCUGAAUCUUCUCUCAGCUAAAGACAGCAAAACUGUGCUAGUUAUCCUGGAUGCUGUUUCUAAUAUCUUCCUGGCUGCUGAGAAGAUCAAUGAGACAGAGAAACUUUGCCUCAUGAUUGAGGAGUGUGGAGGUCUAGACAAAAUCGAAGCUCUGCAGUCACAUGAAAACGAACAAGUGUACAAAGCCUCAUCCACCCUGAUUGAGAAAUACUUCUCAGCAGAAGAGGAAGAAGACCAAAAUGUUGUACCUGAAUCUACUGCUGCCAGCUACACUUUCCAAAUUCAGGGCAAUACUCCAGAUACUUUCAACUUCUAGAUCUUGCACAUGCUGCAACCACCUACAAGUCGUUUGGCACCCAAAUGACUGCCACUUCUUUGUCUUAAUAGUCUCUCUUUUACUGUGUUUUUAUGUUACCUCUAGCACUUUGUCUAACUGAAACAUACUUGAACAGUUCCAAACUGUACAUAUGUGAAUUUCUGACUGUAAACAUCAUUCUUUGAGACUUACAUGUAAAUACUUUCUGUCUCUUACUGUUCCUGUCAGGGAUAAGAAAGCAAAUGGGCAAUACAGGCUUCUUGCAAAGCAUAAGCCACUCUGCCAACCUCUGCAUAACAAAUGGCAUUUUGUGACCUAUUGCUGUAAUUGAUACACUGAGUAGGCUUUUCAAGAAGUUUUUAUAUUUGAAGUUCAAUAAAGU